ACCCAUCAUCCCCUCAUCCCUUCAGCCCCUCACACGCACACACCACUUGUAUCACUUGUAUUAUAUAUUUUUUUUUUUUUGAUCACGUGUCACUCACAAAAUAGCCCGCCUCUCCAAAAAGCUUCCCUGACAACAACAAAAAUCACAAUUCACAAAUCCACACAAAUCUAUCGCGAUGGAUCCAGAAAGUGGCAAAAAGGUUGGUGAAAUUUUUACCGCUGCUGGUGCAGCUUUUAAUAAACUUGGUGAGCUCACAAUGCAACUGCAUCCAAGCACAGAUUCACCAGCUGGUAAAUGGACUGACGAGGAAAUUGAGAUGCUACAUCACUCGGUUCAAAAAUUCAGUGAAGAUUUGAAUAAAAUAAGUGAACACAUCAAAGGAAGAACGGUAUCACAGAUACGGACGACACUGAAGAAGAAGGCAUUUGAAGAAGCUGGUAUACCAAUUAGAAAACAAACACUAUCAUCAACACCAAAUCAAACAGCUCAAAAACAACAACAACAACAAACACCAGUAUCAACAACAAAUCAAGCAAUUAGCCAUGGUAAAUCUUCUGAAGUUACUUUAAAUAUGCUCAAUGCACCAGAAUCAGAAGUUGAUGUUGAAGAUUUACCAGAAGAAUGCAAUGUUAAAUUAGAAUUUGAAGGUCCAACUGAGGAAGUUGCAGCGUAAUUUAUUAUUUUUUUUAAAUUUUUUAAUCCACUAAAACAAUCUAAAUUAAUUAUGUUUAUUUUUUUUUAUUUUGACGAUACAUGAAUUAGAGAAAAAAUAUAAUAAAAUUAUAUGAAAAUGAAAUUUAUAAUUUUCAAUUAAUAAAUAAUUGAUAAUUUAAUUUAAUUUAAUACAUGAUGUGUCCUCUAGUGGCUUGUUGUCAAACCAAUAUCAAAAUGGCGAUAUUCUGCUUCUUCUUCUUCUUCUUUGAAGCUUGUAAUUAAAAAAAAAAUAAAUAAAGUAUCAAGUGUCAGA